AUGGGCGGCGCGAUUGUAUCUGUACGAGCGCGAGCGGCUCAAAUGACCAAGACAUAUGUGGCCACCUCAAAACAAUGCGCAAAGGCUGAAGGCAAGGAGAAGCUGCGGGGCCAGCUCGAGGACGCCGGCGCCACAGUGACACGGACUCUACAUGAUGGCUUCGAGGUGAAGAUGACUCGCGUACAGCGCUCGUUCUUCAUGCGAGACCACCCUGAUACGCAUCUUGCUGAUAUAGCCGUGGAGGAAUGGAGGAGCGCUGUUGGACGAUGA